AUGGCCUCCGCCACGGGGAUUCCUGAGCAGCCUCCCGCAGCUGUCAACAGGGCCGAUGAGUACGAACCUCUCCUGGGUAGGCCAGGAGAUGUCAGUCAGAAGGAGGACCAGUCGCUGGUGACAAAUCUGUUCACGGGCGGGGAUUUGGAUCGUGAGUAUUCUUAG